AUAAAUAAUCUCUGCAAGGAUUUCCAUGGAUUCGCUGAGUGGCACCGAUCAUGCACCAGAAACGCCAACGCUUAAAGUCAAGACCUUCUUUGAAUCAGCUCCACCACUAAAAGAUGCUGCUGAAAUAGAGUCUAAAUUGAAGGAAUUUGUUGACCGUAAUUCCUCAUCAUCAGAACAUGGAAAAGCAAACAGGGUGGUAUGUGUGACUUCUGGUGGUACAACUGUUCCUUUGGAGAAGCGAUGUGUGCGUUAUAUUGACAACUUUAGCUCUGGUCAUAGAGGAUCUGCUUCCACAGAGUACUUUUUGAAGGCUGGUUAUUCUGUCAUCUUUCUUUAUCGUAGGGGGACCUGCCAGCCAUUUUGCAGAUCGCUGCCUGACGAUCCAUUGCUUGAGUGUUUUACUUCAACUGAUGAUUCAAGUAUUCAAGUGGGACCAUCGCAUGCUGAAGUGGUGAAGAGAGCCAUUACUGAGAAUCGUUCUGCAGUCAAUCGGGGCUUCCUGUUGAAAUUACCGUUUACAACAAUUUUUGAAUAUCUGCAGAUUCUUCGGAUGAUAGCUGUGUCUUUAAGGAGCCUUGGUCCUAGUGCUAUGUUCUAUCUUGCGGCUGCAGUUUCUGAUUUCUAUGUACCGUGGGAGAGCAUGACGAUACAUAAGAUCCAGUCAGGAUCUGGUCCUUUGGACAUGCGGCUUGCUCAAGUACCAAAGAUGCUUUAUGUGCUUAGAAAUGAGUGGGCACCUGUCGCCUUCUGCAUAUCUUUCAAGCUGGAGACAGAUACAGAUAUCCUUUUAGGUAAGGCUGAUAUGGCCCUCAAAAAGUACAAGAUGCAUAUGGUGGUAGCUAAUGAACUUUCAACCCGUAAAGAGGAAGUUAUCGUUGUCACAGAGCAAGAAAAAAUUACAGUUCGUCGGGACACAACUCAGGAUGGGGCUGAUGUCGAGAAUCCAUUGAUUAAGCUUGUUGUCGAUAGGCAUUCGACAUACAUCAACCAUUCUGAUGCAUGAUCUAAAAGGACUGACCGAUGAUAUUUUGUGAAUCAGUGGAAUCUGAGUUCAUUACAAGGAGAUUGCAGUACAUCUAUGCAACAAUUACGUAACCAGUUGUUUAAAAGGAGAUAUACCAUUUCAUUACCCCCCAACCAACUACCUCUCUUGGAAGAAGCAAAAGAAAAGAGGGUGCCUUUUCGUUAUUCCAAUUGUGAGCCUAUUUUUCUUGUUAAAGAAUAAAUUCAAUGAAAUAAAAAGCAGCUUUACGAUUGAUUUUAUUAGCAAAA